CCUUAUAAAAGGAACUCCCUCCUCGAGCACAGAAGCUCGAGUGCUGCCCCUCUUCCUCUGCCUCCUCUGGCUCUAACCAUGAAGCAGCUCCCACUUCUCAUCUUCCUUCUCCCUCCCCUCUUCCUCCUUUCCUGCUCUCAACGGUACAACGCCAUCUUUAGCUUCGGGGACUCCCUCUCUGACACCGGCAACGUCGUCAUUGCCGGCCUCCCUUAUGGCAUGACAUUCUUCGGCCGUGCCACCGGUCGCUGCUCCAAUGGACGCUUGGUCAUUGAUUUCAUCGCCGAGGCCACCGGACUGCCGUUGCUUCCACCCUCCACAGCGAAGGGCCAAAGCUUCGCUCAAGGCGCCAAUUUCGCUUGCACCGCGGCCACCACACUCGACUUCGACUUCUUCUACCAUAGGAACCUCAGCGGCGGUUUAUGGGUCAAUGCUUCUUUGAGCCAGCAGAUCGGGUGGUUCGAGCAAAUGCUGCCUUCUCUGUGCGGCCAAACACGAGAAUGCAACGACUACUUGGGUACGUCGCUCUUCGUCGUCGGCGAGUUCGGAGGGAACGACUACACCACCCCCAUAUUCGCCGGCAGGAGCAUGUGGGAGGUGUACACCUUCGUUCCCCGAGUCGUGCAGGCCAUAGCGCACGGCGUCGAGAGAUUAAUCGGGCAUGGGGCGGUGGAUCUUGUUGUGCCGGGGAUGCUACCGAUUGGGUGCUUUCCAGUGUACCUGACACUGUAUGCAACCUCAAAUCCGAGCGACUACAGCAGCAUUGGAUGCUUGAGGAAGUUCAACGACUUGACAUCCUACCACAAUUCAUUGCUUCAGGCAGCAUUAUACCAACUGCAGAUCAAGUAUCCCUCCACCAGGAUCAGAUACGGCAACUAUUAUACUCCUGCCAUUCAAUAUGUUGCCUAUCCAAGCAAAUAUGGAUUCAGCGGUGGAGGUCUGAAGGCGUGCUGUGGAGCAGCAGGCAGUGGGAAAUACAACGUCAACCUCAAAGCCAUGUGCGCUAAAGCAGGCUCCAGCGUCUGCAGUGAUCCUGAUACCUACGUGAGUUGGGAUGGCAUUCACCUCACCGAAGCUGCCUAUCGACUCAUAGCCGAUGGCUGGUUGAAUGGCCCUUAUGCAAACCCUCCCAUCGUGAGCUAGGACGGCGCAUGGCCCUCCUGCAUCCCCGCUACUGCAACCAGCUUCCGUUACAUUCUACUCUGUGGUGGUCAGCCGAAUACUGGCGUUGCAUGAUGUGGUAAUCAAUAAUCACUCUUCCUGUGGAGAAGAGAGUGCUGCUGUGCGGACGAUUAAUUAGUCAACUGUUAAUG